AGAGAGAGAGAGAGAGAGAGAGUAAAGGGAGGGAUGAGUAUCGCGUUGAAUUCAAUAGUUUGUGUUUAGUCGCUGAUGAGUCCAAGACAACAACAUUGGCUUUAUAAAAACAUUACAUAUACACUUCACUUUGGAAGUUCCGCCUCUAUAAUGUUGUGUUUUCCUGCCGUUCAUCGCUGAGGAAACGCCAGGCUCCGUGUAUUGGUGAAAGCUGUCAGACACAGCUAUACAAGACCCGUCAGACCAUGAACUACGUGGGCCAGCUGGCAGGCCAGGUGUUCGUCCAGGUCAAAGAGUUGUACAGAGGCCUCAAUCCUGCCACCCUUUCCGGCUGCAUCGAUGUCAUUGUGGUGAAACAGCCCGAUGGAUCCCUGCACUGCUCGCCUUUCCAUGUUCGCUUCGGAAAGAUGGGCGUCCUCCGCUCCAGAGAGAAAGUGGUGGACAUAGAGAUCAAUGGAGAACCUGUGGAUCUACACAUGAAGCUAGGGGACAACGGGGAAGCGUUCUUUGUGGAAGAAACAGAAAAUGGUCAGGAAGUGUUUCCCUCCUACCUGGCCACCUCUCCCAUCUUAUCAGACGGUGCCAUGAUGAUGAGCUCCUCUCUGAUUGGAAAGAGCUCCGAAAGAGGGCCGCCCAUACAGACCCUCGGCUCCAUGGGGAGCAUGGGAGACAGCGUGUUAAUGAAGAAGAGGAGAAAGAGGAGGAGGAAGGCUCGGGCCGACAGCAUGAGGAGGGAGGAGAGUGGGGAGUAUUCCGAGGACGAUGACAUGUUUACUAUAGACAUAAGCUCGGAUGAAGGUGCGGAGAUGGAGAGGACUUCAUCACGGGAUCUCUUAAGAGAGGAAUCUGCAGCCAGCGGCUCGUUCAAACAGAAUGGCAUCUACACUCGCUCAGCUGGAGAGUGGAGUCCUCUUCAGAGCCCCGGAAACUCUCGCCCCACCUCGCCCAAGAGCGACUCAGAGCUAAUGACCAAACCAUCAGACACGGACAAUCAGAAUCCAGCUAUGCACUGGGCGUGGGGAGAGCUGCCUCAGGCUGCAACGCCGUCCUUCCUCCCGGUGAAGUCCGACCCGCCCCAGGUUUGCUCCAUGUCCAUCCCCGUGUCUGAGAGCACACACUUCAGAGUCAUAACUGAUGAGAUGUCUUCACAACAGUGCGCACCCUGCUGUGAGGUAUCAUCGUCACUCAGGUUGCCCAUGCAGGAGGAAAGCGCUGGACAAACAGUGGUGACUGUCGGGAUGGAGUCAGAGUCCAUGACUGUGGAGUCGCAGACCAUCGUUACCAGAGAGACGCUGGUGACGACUGGAGGGGCAGCUGCUCGUAUGAUGUCUGAGAUGGACGAGACAGCGCCUCAUAUGAUGGGCAAGACAGACUCUCCAUCCAAGAAGAAAGACAAGCGAAGCCGCCACCUUGGUUCAGAUGGCAUUUACCUGGAUGACAUCACAGACCUGGAGCCUGAAGUGGCAGCUCUUUAUUUCCCCAAGAGUGACGGUGGCACAACAGUAAGGAGCAUCUCAGACCCGGGUCUCCACAGCACCAGUCUGUCCCCGCAGUCCGUCAGCUCAGGAGGAGACAGCGGGGUGGACAGCUACUGCGACAACAUGUCUGACCUACCGGCCAUCACCAUCUCUUUGUGCGGGGGACUCAGCGACAACAGGGAGAUCACUAAAGAACAGUUCCACGAGAAGAUGAUCUCAUACCAGCAGUUUGCAGAGAACCCCUCCAUCAUCGACGACCCCAACCUUGUGGUGAAAAUUGGCUCCAAGUACUAUAAUUGGAGCUCCGCGGCUCCGAUUAUGCUGGCUAUGCAAGCGUUCCAGAAACCUCUGCCAAAGGCUGCAGUGGAGACCAUCAUGAAGGAGAAGAUGCCCAAGAAAGGAGGGAGGUGGUGGUUCUCCUGGAGAGGAAGAAACAACAGCACCAAAUCUGAUUCAGUCUCUGGUGUGUGUGGCUCUGCUGAGCGGGAUGGGGAAAUGACAGGCAGACAUAAAGAAGAGUCAUCUUCUAGUGAUGAAGACCUCAGGUCCCAACAGAGCUCUGUCCCCAGCCAAUCAGAGUCUGUGCUUACACAAGGGGGCGUGUCUUAUAAGAAAACACUGCGACUCACAUCGGAGCAGCUGAUGUCACUCCAGUUGCAGGAAGGUCCUAAUGAUGUUGUGUUCAGCGUCACCACUCAAUACCAGGGAACCUGUCGCUGCCAGGGCACCAUCUACCUCUGGAACUGGGAUGACAAGAUAAUAAUCUCAGACAUUGAUGGAACCAUCACCAGAUCCGACACACUGGGUCAUAUCCUGCCCACGCUUGGGAAAGACUGGACCCACCAGGGCAUCGCACACCUCUACCACAAAGUCAGCCAAAACGGCUACAAGUUCCUGUACUGUUCAGCUCGAGCUAUCGGCAUGGCUGACAUGACCCGAGGUUACCUCCACUGGGUGAAUGAGAGAGGCACCAUGCUUCCUAUAGGCCCUGUGCUACUCAGCCCGAGCAGCCUCUUUUCAGCUCUGCACAGGGAGGUAAUUGAGAAGAAACCCGAGAAAUUUAAGGUGGAGUGUCUGACUGAUAUCAAGAACCUUUUCUACCCAAACACACAGCCAUUCUAUGCAGCUUUUGGCAACAGGCCAACGGAUGUUUUUUCUUAUAAAGAAGUAGGUGUGCCACUGAACAGAAUUUUUACAGUCAACCCUAAAGGCGAGCUGGUGCAGGAGCAUGCCAAGACCAACAUCUCAUCCUACGUUCGUCUGGGCGAGGUGGUGGAUCACGUGUUCCCUCUGAAGAUGCGAGCCUCCUCCUCAGACUUCCCCUGCUCGGACACAUUCAGCCACUUCACCUACUGGAGGCAGCAGCUCCCCUGUGUGGAACACCGUGGAACUACACCACCACCACAAAGUCCAUGUCCUGAGAGCUGACUACCUGCAGCCUGAAACACUGACUGAUGGUGUGUUUGAGAUGUAGCAGUUGUAUUAAGACAGUCAUGGUUCUGCGUGUGAGUGUGUGUGUGUGUGAAUGUGUGUGUGUAUGUAUGGUAUGAAUCGGUCUACUUUUGUAGAGUAUGUAGCACUUUUGGUGCACAGCAGACAGAUAUAGUAUCUGCUGUAAAAAGCACAAGAUGGAUGUACAAGCGCACUUUUAUAAAAAGAUGGCCUCUGAAGCCUUCUGACUAGAUGUAUGUAUAUGAGAAAUGAUAGUAAUUUAUUCAGGCAGCUUAGAAAAGAUAUUAUUUGUGAGUGACUGUUGCCAUUAUUUCAGUAGCUAGGUUAUUAUGCAGACAGUAGAAACCAACCACACUGUGGACAUGUCAGACAAUAACUUAGAAACUUGUGCCAAAUAUUCAAUAUGGAUUUUAUUUUCCUACUCUGAACUUUUCAAUCUAGACUGUUAUAGAUCCUCGAUCAGCAUGGUAUUGCAGAUAUUUAAACGCAGGCUUAUUUACGUAUUAGCGACAUAUUUGUGUGUGUGUAAUAUACUAUACAUUUUGAGGUCAUUAUUGGAGAUAUAGCAGACUUUAAUGUAUCCAUGAGCACAGUGAUAAUUGAAAGUCUAUGACUUUGAUACAGAGAUGAGCUGAGGACGAGAAUCCUUUCUCGUUGAAACAUAUCUAUUGUUAAGAAGAAGAAAUGCUAACUCGAGAACAAAAAGCACAAUUUUACUGAUGUCCUUUUAAAAGAAAGAGUGUCUGUUCAAAUUACUUUUUAUUUUUCUAUCAAAAUCAAACUAAGUGUUUUUUGUCUUCUGUUGUGGCCUUCAUGAUUUCUUUUUGAAUGACCUGAACUGUUACUGUCCAUACAAUAACACUUCAUAUGCUCAGAUACUGACUGAUAUGUGCAGCUUAGAGCUGGAGGUAUAGCAUCAAAAGCCAAGUCUGAAAGUCUUCCUCAGAUCUUCCACUGCUAAGAGAAGACAGCAGUUUAUAGGAAGUGAUCUUUAUUUCACUGUGAGGUCCUGACAUGACGUGAAUUUACCACCAUAAUAUCACCGCAGUGGGUCUGAUUGUGUGUUUAGCUUGAAAAAGAUGUUUCUAUAAUGCUUAAAAGCUGUAAUUAUUCUUUCCAUGAAAGAGCUAAAAGAGCAUCAAAAUGAUCAAUCGUUUGUUCAUCCACUCCCCUUCACUAUUUUGACCAGAUCACUGUUAAAAUGGUGUAAUCAAACUUAAUAAAAUGUCUUGGUACAUCAC